CACACACACACACACACACACACACACACACACACACACACGGAACAAUGAUGCCAGUGGGGAACAAAUGAGUUAUCAAAUGUAGUCCUGUCCUUAAAACACAUUAAAAAAUUCUUACCAUAAGGCUAUGGUUCCCCACAGUGUAGCCUUGCCAGCCUGGCCCAGGUAUACUAGCCAGUAGUUCAUUUAGUUUCUCCAACAGACUAGUCUUCCUGCCUUGGUGUGUGCUCUUGCUUAAGCUUGAAAUGCUUUUCCUGAUUGGUUUUCUCCUGGCCUUCUCUCUCGGUCCCUUAGAUCUCAGCUUACUUAUCAAGUCUUCCCAGACACCUUCUCUUCCAUUCUGCAGCUCAGCAAGGCCCCUUGUUAUUCCUGCCUGGCAGUGCUUUAUAGCAGUUAUCAUAAUAUUUAAUUACAUGUUUGUCCUCACAUGUUUAGUGCCAGUCUUCCUCACUCAGCUGUGAGUUCCAGGAGGUCAAGCCCAGACUUGUUUUUGCCUUUGCCUCACAUCCCUAGUACUUUCUAGGUGCUUAAAAUAAAUUAAAAAAACAAAACAAAACAAAAAAACGAAGCAUUACAUGAAUGUGGCUGAGGUGGAACGGUUUACUUAUUUUAAGAUUAUAGUCAGCGUGUCACUGAAUUGGACCAGGGAAUGAAGUUUGACCAGAAGUUUGGAAAACCCUGGCAGUGAGAUUUCAAAGUGAGAGUUUUACAAGUAGAUUAAAUGAGUAUGUCCUUCAGCCAUAUUUUUAUAGGCUGUUGGUGUUAAUGGUGUCCAGAGUAACCUAUCUUUUGGGGUCUUGUGGCCAUCCUAGAUGGUAUAUCUUCCAACCAAAACUUUACCACAUUAACUAGAGCCAGAUGGUUCAUGCACAUUUUGAAUUAGCGUUGUUGUCAUUAUCUGUAUCAGAAUCCAGGGAAAGCAUUUGGACACUGGUUAUUGGUGCCUCAAGGCGCUACCCCACCACGAUGCUCGCUUUCAAUCUCCCCAAUUUGGUAUGGCUCUGGGCCGGAAGUCCUUUUCAAGGUCACUCUCCUCUCACUAAAUUCGCAGUUCUUUCUUGCUAGAGCCAUCUGUCAGGCCUCAGUGCAGAGAGAGGCUUGACCUCUUACCAAACUGGCAUGAUAAUGAAUUGGAUUGAAUCCUUUCCUCCAGCAAGAGAUGCCUGGCCUUUGACAUUAGCUCUACUGGGACCCUCAAGACAUACUAGUGUCCAGAACAUUCCAAGGCAUGGCGGGGCAGACACCCUUGCUACAUGCACGUUUGUGCUCAGCACUGCUGCUCUUUCUGCCCUCCUGAGCUUCUGGAUCUGGAGCCCCCCAACAGCGCCUGCUGAGAUUACCCUGGCCCCGCUCUCCACAGCGAUGGUGGAGAACUGGACUCCACAGGCUCGCCACCUUCGCAUUGGGUUUCAGGGGCCAGCAUCCUUCAUCCUGGGACUGGCGGCCCUGAACAAUGGCUGAGGGCCCGGGGACCUCAUAGAGUUGCACCACAGCUUCCUGGGGGUCCAGCAGCAUUCUAGUGCCCUUGGACUAUGACCACCUAUCGGCCCCUUCCCAAUGAUGGUGUGGACCUGGCAGCCAGCUGUGGGGCCAGGGGCGCCGAUGUCCUCCCAGGCCCGCACACGGGGGACUACACUCCCAUGGGCUUCUGGGCCCAGAACGGCGGCAUGUCCCAGCCCCUCGGGGAGAGCACGGCCGCCACCACUCGCCCCAGUCCCACCACUCCUGCCAUGCCCAAGAUGGGCGUCCGAGCACGAGUGGCCGACUGGCCACCCAAGCGAGAGGCCUUGCGAGAGCUGAACAAUCCCAGCCCCUCGCAGGACGCAGAGGGCGCCAAGGCCACCACCAAGGUGACCCAUUCGUCGAGGAGCCUGCAGAAUGGACAGGCUAGCGCCACCAGCGCCGCGGCAGCCUCCGGGUCCAGAGCCUUCCACCGACUGUCCCGGCGAAGGUCCAAGGAUGUGGAGUUCCAGGACGGGUGGCCGCGGUCCCCGGGCCGGGCCUUUCUGCCCUUGCGGCACCGCAGCAGCAGUGAGAUCACCCUGAGCGAGUGCGACGCAGCGGCCGAGGACCUCGGGGCGGAGCGGGGCGCGCGGCACGCGGGGGCCCUGCCCCUCUUCCGGGAGUACGGCAGCACGUCUUCCAUCGACGUGCAGGCCGUGCCGGAGCAGAGCUUCUUCGACAUCCUCAACGAGUUCCGCAGUGAGCAGCCUGACGCGGCGGCGGCGGCGGCCACACGGGGCUCCCGCCACCUCGCUGGAGGCAGUGGCGAGCUUGGCCCGUACGCAGCGGGAGGCCGCGGGGUCAAGGCAGAUCCGCGGCGCGGGCAGCCGACCCCGGAUGGCCUGCUGCCGCUGCAUCCCCUGAAGGAGAAAGAGAAGGGUCGGAAGAAGGGCGGCCGCGGCCCCGGAGGGGGCGCCGACGCCCCAGCCACCCUGGACGCGUCCAUCUUCCGGAAGCUGCGCAGCGGCAAGGCCGAGGGGGAGGCCGAGGAGAGCCGCAGCCCCCCGGAGCCCGGCCGCCCCUGGGUUUGCCAGAAGAGCUUCGCCCACUUCGACGUGCAGAGCAUGCUGUUCGACCUCAAUGAGGCCGCCGCCAACCGGGGCUCGGUGGCCCAGCGGCGCAACACCACCACCGGGGCCUCGGCUGCCUCCGCAGCCUCGGCCAUGGCAUCGUCCUCGGCUGCGUCGCUCACAGCGGCCGCGGCCUCGGCGGCGUCUCGGGCCCACAGCCUGGGCAGCCUGGACCCAGCCUUCACCAGCACGGAGGACCUGAACUGCAAGGAGAACCUGGAGCAGGACCUGGGCGACGAUACCAGCAACGAUCUGUUACUCAGCUGCCCGCACUUUCGCAACGAGAUAGGCGGGGAGCGCGAGCGCAACGUGAGCUUCUCCCGGGCCUCGGCCGGCUCCCCGGGCGGCAGCAGCAGCUGCGACCUGCUCCCCGCUGAGCCCGCGCUGAGCGCCCUCCGCACCAACGCCAGCAUCGCCGUGCUCGAGGUGCCCAAGGAGCAGCAGCGCACGCAGAGUCGGCCGCGACAGUACAGCAUCGAGCACGUGGACCUGGGCGCCCGCUACUACCAGGACUACUUUGUGGGCAAAGAGCAUGCCAAUUACUUUGGUGUGGAUGAAAAGCUGGGGCCAGUGGCUGUGAGCAUCAAAAGAGAGAAGCUGGAAGACCACAAGGAUCAUGGACCUCAGUACCAAUACCGGAUCAUCUUCCGGACCCGUGAACUCAUCACCCUGCGAGGCUCUAUCCUGGAAGAUGCCACGCCCACAGCCACCAAGCAUGGCACUGGACGGGGCCUGCCUCUGAAAGAUGCACUGGAGUAUGUAAUCCCUGAGCUCAACAUCCACUGCCUCCGACUGGCCCUCAACACUCCUAAGGUGACGGAGCAGCUACUGAAGCUCGAUGAGCAGGGGCUGUGCCGCAAGCACAAGGUGGGCAUCCUGUACUGCAAGGCUGGCCAGAGCUCUGAGGAGGAGAUGUACAACAAUGAGGAAGCUGGUCCUGCCUUCGAGGAGUUCCUUGAUCUUUUGGGGGAGAAGGUCUGUCUGAAGGGCUUCACCAAGUACGCUGCCCAGCUAGACGUCAAGACUGACUCCACAGGGACCCACUCUCUCUAUACAACGUACCAGGACUACGAGAUCAUGUUCCACGUCUCCACCCUGCUCCCGUACACCCCCAACAACAGGCAGCAGUUACUGAGGAAGAGGCACAUAGGGAACGACAUCGUGACGAUCAUCUUCCAGGAGCCGGGUGCGCUGCCCUUCACCCCCAAGAACAUCCGCUCCCACUUUCAGCAUGUCUUCAUCAUCAUCCGAGCCCACAACCCGUGCACUGAGAACGUCUGCUAUAGCAUGGCGGUGACCCGAUCCAAAGAUGCUCCUCCUUUUGGUCCCCCUAUCCCCAAUGGAACUACAUUCCGCAAAUCUGAUGUCUUCAGAGACUUUUUGCUGGCCAAGGUGAUUAAUGCUGAGAAUGCUGCACACAAGUCCGACAAGUUCCACACCAUGGCCACCAGGACCCGCCAGGAGUACCUCAAGGACUUGGCUGAAAACUGUGUCUCCAACACCCCCAUCGACUCCUCUGGCAAGUUCAACCUCAUCUCCUUGACCUCCAAGAAGAAGGAGAAGACAAAAGCCCGGGCAGGCGCCGAGCAGCACAGCGCAGGGGCCAUCGCCUGGCGGGUAGCAGCUCAGGACUAUGCCCAGGGGGUGGAAAUCGACUGCAUUUUGGGAAUUUCCAAUGAGUUUGUGGUGCUCUUGGACCUGCGCACCAAGGAAGUGGUGUUCAACUGCUACUGUGGGGAUGUCAUUGGCUGGACUCCAGACUCCUCAACACUGAAAAUCUUUUAUGGCCGAGGGGACCACAUCUUACUACAGGCUGCAGAGCGCUCUGUGGAGGACAUAAGGGAAAUUGUCCAAAGACUGAAGGUGAUGACCAACGGCUGGGAGACGGUGGACAUGACCCUUCGGCGGAAUGGGCUGGGGCAACUGGGUUUCCAUGUGAAGUAUGAUGGGACAGUGGCUGAGGUGGAGGACUAUGGGUUUGCCUGGCAGGCCGGCCUCCGGCAAGGCAGCCGGCUGGUAGAGAUCUGCAAGGUGGCCGUGGUCACACUGACACAUGACCAGAUGAUUGACCUGCUGCGCACCUCUGUCACUGUAAAGGUGGUCAUCAUCCCGCCUUUUGAGGAUGGUACACCUCGAAGGGGGUGGCCAGAGACCUAUGACAUGAACACCUCGGAGUCCAAGGCUGAGCCAGAAAGCACCACCCCUGGGGGCCGCCCCCCAUACCGUAGCAACGCACCCUGGCAGUGGAGCGGGCCUGCUUCCCACAACUCCCUGCCAGCCUCCAAGUGGGCCACCCCAGCCACUCCUGCUCAUGUCCAGUCCCUGAGCCGGCUCCCGAAGCAAACUUCCAUGGUCCCCUUCCGGGAGUCCCAACCACUGCACAACAAGAGGCCUGUCAGCUUCCCAGAAACUCCUUACACAACAUCACCAGCAGGGGCCGACAGAGUCCCUCCCUACCGACAGCCUUCUGGGAGCUUCUCAACCCCCGGCUCAGCCACCUACGCCAGAUACAAGCCAUCCCCAGAAAGGUAUGCUGCUGCCCCGCACCCACUGCUGUCCUUUGAUCCACACUUCAGCCAUGAUGGGAUGUCCAGCGGUGACUCCUCCUCAGGCGGCCUGACUAGCCAGGAGAGCACCAUGGAGCGCCAGAAGCCAGAGCCUUUGUGGCAUGUGCCAGCCCAGGCCCGGCUCUCAGCCAUGGCGGGAAGCAGUGGGAGCAAGCACACCUCCAGGCAGGAUGUGGCAGGCAAAGACUCUCCCAACAGGCAUUCCAAAGGUGAGCCUCAAUACUCCAGCCAUUCCAGCAGCAAUACCCUGUCCAGCAAUGCGUCCAGCAGCCACAGCGACGACCGCUGGUUUGACCCCCUGGACCCCUUGGAGCCCGAGCAAGACCCCCUUUCCAAGGGUGGCUCCAGUGACAGCGGCAUCGACACCACACUCUACACCUCCAGCCCCAGCUGCAUGUCCCUGGCCAAGGUUCCACGGCCUACCAAGCCACACAAGCCCCCUGGAAGUAUGGGUCUGUGCGGUGGCCGGGAGGCAGCUGCAAGGUCUCACCACACAGACAGGCGGCGGGAGGUCUCCCCGACCCCCGCAGUUGCUGGCCAGGGCAAGGGCUACCGGCCGAAGCUGUACUCCUCAGGCUCCAGCACCCCCACGGGCCUGGCUGGGGGCAGCCGAGACCCACCAAGGCAACCCAGUGACAUGGGCUCCAGGGCUGGCUACCCUGCUCAGGUUUUCAAAACAGCCAGCGCAGAGACACCUCGGGCCUCUCAACUGGCCCAGUCCAGCCCCUUCCAGCUCUCCACCUCUGUCCCCAAGUCCUUCUUCUCCAAGCAGCCUGUGCGUAAUAAGCAUCCAACAGGGUGGAAGAGAACGGACGAGCCCCCACCACGGCCACUCCCUUUUACUGACCCCAAAAAGCAGGUAGACACCAACACAAAAAACGUCUUCGGGCAGCCACGGCUGAGGGCGUCCCUGCGAGACCUGAGGUCCCCACGAAAGAACUACAAGUCCACCAUCGAGGACGACCUAAAGAAACUCAUUAUCAUGGACAACCUGGGGCCAGAGCAAGAGCGGGAUGCAGGGUCUCCCCAGAAGGGCCUACAGCGGACCCUGUCAGAUGAGAGUCUCUGCAGCGGGCGUCGGGAACCCAGUUUUGCCAGCCCUUCAAGCCUGGAACCAGGCCUCCCCAGUGACGUGCUCUUCACCAGCACCUGCUCCUUCCCCUCCAGCACGCUGCCUGCCCGCCGCCAGCACCAGCACCCCCACCCUACUGGUGGAGGGGUCCCCAGCACCAUCCCAGAGAAGAAAUCCGCCAUCUCCGCCUCAGAGCUCUCACUAGCUGAUGGGCGGGAGCGGCCGCUGCGGCGCCUUGACCCCGGAAUGAUGCCCCUGCCCGACACAGCUGCCGGCCUGGAAUGGUCCAGCCUGGUAAACGCAGCAAAGGCCUAUGAAGUGCAAAGAGCUGUCUCACUUUUCUCUCUAAACGACCCAGCCCUGAGCCCGGACAUCCCACCUGCACACAGUCCUGUCCAUAGCCACUUGAGUCUGGAGCGGGGACCCUCAACCCCCAGGACCACUCCUACCAUGAGUGAGGAUCCACCCCUGGAUCUGACUGGCAAGGUGUACCAGCUGGAGGUGAUGCUGAAGCAACUGCACACAGACCUCCAGAAGGAGAAGCAGGACAAGGUGGUACUGCAGUCAGAGGUGGCCAGCCUACGGCAGAACAACCAGCGGCUGCAGGAGGAGUCACAGGCCGCCAGUGAGCAGCUUCGCAAGUUUGCUGAGCUUUUCAGCAGGGAAAAGGAACUCUGAGCCAGGCGGGGAGGUCCUGCCCCACAGACACCCUCAUCCAGCCACGGUGCCUCCCCCACAGGCAGGCCCCAGGCUCCUGCCUCCUCUCUCCUUCUCUGGGCUCUUGGUGGCAGGUGUGAGGGGUCACCCAGCCCAGGAGUGCCCCGGCACCUGCCCACCCACAGCCCUCCGCAGGGACUUGGGAACCAGGCCUGGCAAAAGCCAGCUCUGCUCCUGUCUCAGGGCCCUCUGACCUGCCCCCUGUCCCCCCCCACCCGUGGGCCUGUGGGCCAGCAGUCCUCGUCCUUGGCCUUGGCCCCAGCUGCUGGAGCUGUUGGAAGGUGGGAGGGACAAGGGAAGCCCCCUGCAUGAGAAACACAGUGGGACACCAAAUGAGCCCCCUUCGUUCCCCACAGCCCAGAGAGGUCACAGCCUGUGUGUCCCGUGUGCUCACUCCCAACAGCAUGGACACCAUCAUCCUCUCCCUGACCCUUUCACGAAGCAGCCAGGAGCACUUUGAUAGAGUUUAAAUUACUUUCCUGGGGCCCCCAGGUAUAGAGGAGACCCCAGUAUCCAGAGUCCACCGAGAGAACAACUCUUCUUUGUACAAUCAGGACUGUUUGUACGAUCUUUUCCUUAUCAGCUCCUCCUGCCAGAGGCCACAGUGCCUGGGCUUGGGCUCCAGGCCUCUCCUCUCCCACCUGCACCCAGCCCUGACCACCUCAGGGCUCAGACGCCACCCACAGAGCCUUGGGCCCGGCUGGGGAAAAGCAGCCUCGUCUCUUGUCUGCUCUCAUUUUCCUUUGCAAGGCUCCAGGCCGGUCUUGCAGCCCCCAGCAGGCACCACCCAGACACACUCACUGUGCUCCCCGGGGGGCACUCUCAGUGCGACCCCCACAGAUGCUAGCUCUCAAAAGGCAAUAAGGGGCAGCUCGGUGUGGUACUACGCUGUUCACCCAGGAAACAUGAGCUUCUUUUUCUUUUUUCCUUCUUUAAAAAAAAAAAAGCAAAAAAAAUAUUAUAUAUAUAUAUUUAUUUUUUCAUGUAGAGUUGUGCCAGAACAAGUCUGGACGGCCACAGUCCGUGGACACCCCCCAACCUCAAGCUGAGGGCUGAAGCAUGUACCACCACCACCCCUACCCCCGGAGGGGGGAGCAGUGGGAGUCGCCAGGGAGCCUCAGGGCGGCUCCACGAGGCCCUCUGUUCUGGAAAGCACCAGGCAGGGAGGAGUUGGCAGCAUAUGGGCUGGGCCCAGAGCCAGCACCAGGCAGCCAGGCCCACCUCUGGACACGAAGCCUUCUCUCUGAGGAAGAGCCUCUUGAGACUUACACCCCAGGACAGAGAAGCAGGGCAGGGCCGGAGAAGAGGGUGCCCCUGGCCUCUCCAUGAUUGGCCAGAGAGGCAGUGUCUAGAGCAAAACGUCAGUCCCAACAUUGCGGGCCGUGGGGGAAGACCAGGCAGCAGCCCAGCCCGCCUAGCCAGGGCCAACUACUGUGAGGUCCCUUCCCCUCUCCCAAGGGCCCUCCCUCACUCUGCCCCCCCCCUUUCCUCAGACAAACCUGGAGCCUUUUGCUUUCUCUUUUUUUUUUAGAUGUCUCAUCUUCAGAUCAUUCUAAUCAUUUGGGGGAUGUAAUCAUGUACAUUGACAAGUGUAAAUUAUGAUUGUUUUUGGUUAAAUUUUCUGUUUUUUUUUAAGUUUCUGCAAAACCAAUUAUUUAAUUUGAGGUUGGUGUUAUAUCUGUUGGCUGGAGAUAGGCUUUUUUUUAAUGUCGAUUUGUUUCAUUUGGAUUUUUAAAAAAUUCAUUGUCUUUUUUUCUUUCCAUCUCUUUCUUGAGAUUUUUUUCUGGCAUGUUUCUGGAGGUUUCAAAGGAAAAUAAAUGUUUCAUAGAAAUGGCUUGUGUGUUCCCUAGCUGGGCGGCUGCCUGACUGCACACACUUUCCUAAGAACUGACUCGUCAGCCUCACAAACUUUUUCUUGGAAGCCAAACGACAGAAAUCUGACCCUGCACAUUUAAAAUGUCCUUAAAUUCAAGUGAGCAAGAUUCUCCUAAGGCCUGUACCUAGGAGAGGUACAGAGCCA